AUGGCGGCUGCCCUCCUCCAGGCCCUGCUCGCUGUCGCUGGUGCUCCGUCCCCGUCGCGGAGUGGCCGGGCCACCAUCGCGCGUCGACGAUCCGUCUCCGGUAUCCGGCGGCCAGCGUGCGGGCUCCACUCUCGCGCACGGCAUGGCGCCGGCACGAGUUCAUCAGCCUUGACGCACCUUGCGAGGCUGAUGCGAAAGAUGAAGGGGGAGAAAGAUGCGAAAGAUGAAGAGGUAGUAAUCCCAAGCCAUCUGCUGGGGCCUGGGAACAUGGAUCUUGAAGAGGGGCAAGUGGAAGAUAUGGACCUCGCGGAUGAUGACGUAGUGGUUGGAAAGGAUCAGCUACUGGAUGCUUCCAUUCAGCCCGAGAUUAGUGUUGCAGCUGUGCAGACUGUGACUGGUUUUGAGGUCAAGCUGGACAAGGGUGAUGGGACUGAAAAUGCACCAAUUUAUGAGUCAAACAGCAUCUCUGUUCAAGAAAGUCGUAUCCUAUUGAAUGGAAUAUUAUGUAUUUCUGCUAAUAUACUUCUGCAACUGCAAGUGCCUAUGUUUUCUGAAGAUUUAUUUGUUUCCAUUGAAUCCUGGGAACUGGAAAGCAAAAGAAAGCUUACGCAACUAAUGCAACAAUGGUCUGAGUGGCAGGCCAGAAGGCAGCACCAUUUGAAGAUCACUUUAGCAUUUGGGCUGAGGCAUUAUAAAUGUUUUCAGAUUAUAUGA